CUGUAUAUGUUGUACAGGUAAGUUAAUGAUAAACAAUAAAAUGUUACUUAUGGAGGUGUAGUUAUCAUGAUAUGAAAAACACAAUCUCGACGUGUUAUUAUGCACUCGUAGACAUUAUUUUAAAAAUUGGCAUAUAUGUGGUACCACAUUGAAUGCUGUGACAAAGUAAAAACUAUUUCACAUUAACAAAAUUACGCUGUUACAGAUACAUAAUUAUAUUUCUGUUAUAGAAGCUUAUCUGAAGAAAUGAAGAUUGUAAAGGAAGUAUUUGUUUUAUUUCUACUAUACAUACAUGUCAUUGACGGACUUGUAUAUGCAGGAUACAAUGCUGUUACCAAACAAGAGGGGAUAAGUCCGCUAGAUAGGUACCGAUGUGCUGAAACUUACGUCGGGUUCGAGUAUAUUGGGCACAUAUUAUCACCGGACGGCGUGUGUACGGCAGUCCAGUACGGAUGGUCAGGCAUAGUAUCACCAGGCUCGGAAUAUUUAAAGAAAACCUGGAAUUGCAAUGUCUUUGACACUCCGAUCGCAUUGUAUUUUGAGAGUAACAGCAAUUCGAUCCACUACAGGUCACCAAUACCUGGUGAAGUCGUAACUGGAACGAGCAUUGAGAUAGUGUUUGUACCCCAGGAGCCGUGGAACCAGAUUGUUUUCAACAUUUAUGAUGCCAGCGAAACUGACAUCGUGCUACACAUAUCAUUUCGGAAAGACUUUGACAAGAUCCAGCUCAAUUCGAAAGUCUCGGGCAAAUAUGCGAAGAAUAAAAACGCUGAGGGCGUGGAAAUUACAUCAGGCAGUGUUGCCAAAUUAACUGUGGAAGUUCAUCAAGAUGCAUUCAAGGUGUAUGUUGACGGAAAAGAGAAAUACCAUUAUUCUGCAGUCUUGAGCCCUGAUUUGUCACGAAAUAUACAGUUCAGACCUUCAUUGGGCUCCAAUUGUUUGCUAGAGAAAAUAUGUUUUAAAGACCUGUAACAGUUCAUUUCAAGUGAAAAUCUACAAACUGAUAUUUUGUUAAAGAAUUACUGAAGAUGGCAUAUCAAAGACAAAAUUGAAAUUCCUAUUGAUACCAUUCACAUAACUAUGGUAUAAUGUUAACAAUGAAUAGUAUAUACAUGUAUAGGUAAGGCGUAACAUUGAAUCAUAUUUCAAUUUCAUGUAACACUUUUGUCUAAAUGCAAAUAAGAUCAGCCUUUUUUAAACCUCAAUAUAUCCUUAAAUGUAAAACUCCCAUAGGCAUAUUAUGUUUUCUGCUUGAAUAUCACCCUCCUAGGAUAUAUUCCCCGGCGAAUAUUUCUUAUAUCACCAGUGGGCACAUAACUCUUGCAUAACUCAAUAUUAUCGUACAUUCUAGCCUCUCUGAUAGUGUCUUUAGGAUUAGCAUCACCUGUAAAAAUGAUGUGUCUAUUUAUUUCCUUACUGCGUAUUUUAUAAAUAUUGUAGUUGUAAUUCAUAGGGUAUGAUAAAAUAAAUAAUACAUGGCUGUCGGGGUGACAUUAACUGGCAUAUUACCCAGUUCUCUGGUUGAUAAUAUCCUUUUCCAUCCAGACAGACAUGUGUUAUUUACAUAAUGUCUUAUUAAGUACCAUUAUUCUUAAUAUAAGAACAUUUUUGUAUAGGUUAAUUUUUUUAAGAAAUCAUUUACACAAUUAAGACGGUCAAGAACAGUGCAACACUUACCAAUUUAGUGGUAAAAUCAUGUUCAAUAAAAGUGUCGAUAUACCAGACAGAUUGAAUUUAGCCAAUUA